UUCUGAAGCACUCAUAGCUGUGUAGAGGGGAACGAAACGAUGAAGUGUGUGAUCGGACUAGUGCUCUUGGGGUUGUUCUGCAACAAUGCAGUGCGGGCAGACGAUACGGCCAAGGCAGGAACAGAUGGCGCAUCACAAUCCGGCCGGAUAGUCAACGGUGUUGGGACGUACAUUACCGAUCACAAAUACGCACUGAGCUUGCGUUUUGACAAUCAAUUCUUCUGCGGUGCUAGCAUUAUUACAGCAUCGCAUGCUCUCACCGCUGGCCACUGUGUGUUUCCUUAUCGGAACACACCUUCAAGGGUAACUGUGUAUGGAGGUAGUACAAUGUCCAACGUCGGUGGUACCUUAAUCCAAGCGGUGCGAAUCGCGGUCCAUCCCAGCUACAACCCCAAUGCUUUUCCCGGUACGUCUGAUUACGAUGCGGCCAUCGUAACGGUCACUGCAAAUGGCUUCAGUGGCCGAAGAAAUAUGGCUCCGAUUCCACUGCAAACCGCGGAAGUAUCUGCCGGUACGAGAUGCCACGUGGUCGGAUGGGGAAGCACUAACUAUAACGGUCCGGCUCCUACGAACGACCUGCGUUACGCCAACAUGGACGUCGUGUCGCAGCAGACCUGCGCUCGCGCAUGGGCCUCAUUCCCAUCGCAAAGUGUUACAUCGAACAUGAUUUGCGCCAAGUACAGUAACGGGGUGGAUACUUGCAAGGGAGACAGCGGCGGGGCGCUCGUGUGUGGCGGACGGCUGAGUGGAAUCAUUUCCUUCACCAAUCCGACCUGCAACAGUGCGUGGCCAGCAGGAUUCGCGAAGAUUGUAGCACCGACCAUUCGCAGCUUCAUUCGAGGCAUUGCGGGUGUGUAGGAAGCUGGUUGAAUAAAUAAUGAUUUGUUUUUGUACCGGUGAACAAUUAGACUAACAGCACGUGGCUUUGCAGACGCAGACUCUGUUUGUUUUAUGAAGGCUUACGAUAAAUCAGCCUUUCGAACAUUCUAUACCACGGUUUCGGCAGACCAAAUUUGCUUUACCAAACUGUUUGUAUUAAUAGGCAAUGUCGUCAUCUUGUUUGUGCAACUGUCUAACAAACAGCCGGAAGGCUGGGUUUAAUUUACGGAAAUUUAGGAGUUGUUUUACUGAAAUUUGCGCGUCACUGCGUGUUGAGCUUCGUCUAACGUGUGUUGUGCAACAAUAAGGCUUUCAACAACGAUUUCGAAUUCGUGUGUCAUCCUGCUGUGUUGAGAUGACUCUCAUCAAUGUUUGUAUUGGCUUUGUAAAGGUUUGUUUAAAAUAGAAGACCAAACUUUUUUCGGUA